GGCAGGAAACACGACAUUCCGCAAGCUGAUAGCCCUCCGCGACGCAUUACGCACAACAGACAGCUGGAGACGCCGAGGUGCUCUCGCUUUGAUUUCGGCGCCUGCGCCCGCGCGGGGAGAGAUUGGCUGGGGCGGCGGGACUGGGCGGUGAGCGCGUCACUUCCUGCCGCUGCCAGGCGCGUCCUCCCACGCGCUAUGACCGACCGUGCAGAGCCGCGGGGGCGGCGGCCCGGAGUCGGAGUAGGAGUCGUGGUGACCAGCUGCAAACAUCCGCGUUGCGUCCUCCUGGGGAAGAGGAAAGGCUCGGUUGGAGCCGGCAGUUUCCAACUCCCUGGAGGUCAUUUGGAGUUCGGUGAGACCUGGGAAGAAUGUGCUCAAAGGGAAACCUGGGAAGAAGCAGCUCUUCACCUGAAAAAUGUUCGCUUUGCCUCAGUUGUGAAUUCUUUCAUUGAGAAGGAGAAAUACCAUUAUGUUACUAUAUUAAUGAAAGGAGAAGUGGAUGUGACUCAUGAUUCAGAACCAAAGAAUGUAGAACCUGAAAAAAAUGAAAGUUGGGAGUGGGUUCCUUGGGAAGAAUUUCCUCCUCUGGACCAGCUUUUCUGGGGACUGCGUUGUUUAAAAGAACAAGGCUAUGAUCCAUUUAAAGAAGAUCUGAACCAUCUGGUGGGAUACAAAGGAAAUCAUCUCUAGGUGGCUGAGAAGAUUUCUUGAUUUUCUUUAAAAACACAGGAAUAAGGUCUAGUUAGGGAAUGAAAAAUGUCUACAUUGCAGAACAACUCCAUUUUAUCUAAAAAAGAUCUUAUGAUCACCAAUUUAUUUGCAAUCUCUUAAUGUAUCCACCACCGUUUCAGCCAGUACUUGAGAAAAUUUUUCUGAAAUAUGUCAUUGAAUUGUAUUCCAGACACAGAAUCUAUGAUAAAUACUGAUAUUAUGGGUAAUCUGCUUUCCAUAUUUACCUAUGAUAUUUACUGUGCAGUUUGUCAUUACUAGCUUGCAUGGAGUAGGAUGCAGUCGAAUUUGCCUUAGUGUUUCUGUUCAAAUAGAGACCUGAAUUCAAAUAUUGUAGUUUAUGUUCAAACACAGUAUGCCUGUUGCAAAAUUUACCAAAUUUGUUGAUUACCUCUUUUAUUAAAGACAUGUGGGGGAGAGGGUAAUAAAUAAAUUGUGGCAAUCUUUGCAACUUACAGCGAAUAGGACAGGUCAUUAGGGUGUAUUUCCCAGGUUUCCAGUUGAGAACCUAAACCAACAGAAGUGAGACAAACCAUCUAAUGUCUGUAUCCUCCUAUUAACAGGCUGUGAUGUUGAGUUUCUCACUUACUCUCUCUGAGGUCCAGGGUCCUUACAUGUAAAAUGAAGAGAUUCGUCUAGAGCAGUGGUUCUUAAAGUGUGGUCGGCGGGGGGGCCUCAAGAGCCUUUCAAGGGUAUUCUAGGUCAAAGCUGUUUUUAUAACACUUACCAUUUCAUCAUUUAUAGUUUUUCCUUUUUUUUUAUUUGAGAAGGAGUCUUGCUGUGUUGCAGUGGCACGAUCUCAGCUCAUUGCAGCCUCCGCCUCCUGGGUUCAAGCAAUUCUCCUACCUCAGCUUCCUGAGUA